ACAACAAAAUAAAUUCAUUAUGGAUUUCAUAAAUGAAAUGGACGAAUCGCUUCCCGACACUUGGAUUGGUUUUAGCGAUUGCCACCAGGAAGGCACUUUUAUGUGGACUGAUGGAUCUCUAUCAGAUUACACACAAUGGAUAUCAGGCGAAUUUAAUAAUGAAAAUGAGAAAGAAAAUUGUGUGCACAUUGAUUUUCAAGGAUCUCUUGGGUCAUGGAAUGAUGCGUCCUGUUCGACACAAUUGCCUUUUAUUUGUGCCUACAGAAUCUGAAGCCAU